AUGUCAAAUUUCAAAAAACCAAAACCUCACGCUUUCGACCCUCCCCAAUCUCACCCCCCCGCAGGCAGCAGCGCGGCCCUGGCGCUCAUCGCGUACCGCGGGGAGGUGCUGCUGGCGGGCGGGGGGCGGCAGCGCCUCAACUCCCACCUGGUCGGCGCCGCCCUGGAGAAGCGCGACGGGCCCUUCCGCGGCAGCGCCAACGUCACCCUGCGGCACCUCGCGGCGCUAGAGGCGGGCGAGGAGCCGUUGUGCGUCUUCUGGCAGACGGUGGGCACCGAAGGGGGCUGGAGCCGCUCCGGCUGCACCCGCGUCGAGGGGGACGCCCAACACUCCGUCUGCACCUGCACCCACCUCUCCACCUUCGCCAUCCUCAUGGCUCUGCACCCCGUCGCGGCGACCUUCGCGCUGACGGUGGUCACCUACGUGGGGAUGUCGGUGUCGCUGCUCUGCCUCUCCCUCGCCAUCGUCACCUUCAUCCUCUGCCGCUCGCUCUGGAGCGUCAGCGUCACCCUCCACCUGCACCUCAGCAUCUGCCUCUUCGCUGCUCACCUCCUCUUCCUCGUGGCCGUGACCCGCACUGCCAACAGGCUGACGUGCGCCAUCACGGCGGGCUUCCUCCACUACCUCUUCCUCGCCGCCUUCGCCUGGAUGUUCCUGGAGGGUCUCCACCUCUUCCUCACCGUGAGGAACCUGCGCGUCCUCAACUACGCCAGCUCCGGCCGCUUCCGGAGGGGCUACAUCUACCUGGUGGGCUACGGCGUGCCGGCCAUCGUGGUGGGGGUCUCCGCCGCCGCCUACCCGAGGGGCUACGGCACCACAGCCUACUGCUGGCUGAGCAUAGAAAAAGGCUUCGUCUGGAGUUUCCUCGGUCCCGUCUGCCUCAUCAUCCUGGUGAAUUUGCUGUUUUUUCUCAUCACCCUGUGGACGCUGCGGGACAGACUCUCCUCCCUCAACGCUGACAUCACGGCCAUCAAAAACACCCGGGUGAUGACGUUCAAGGCUCUGGCGCACGUCUGUAUCCUGGGCUGCACGUGGGGGCUGGGCUUGCUGCAGGCGCAAGGGGACAACACGGUGGUGGCCUUCCUCUUCACCAUCUUCAACAGCACCCAGGGAGCCUUCAUCUUCCUCGUGCACUGUCUCCUCAACCGGCAGGUGAUGGACCAGUACCGGCACUGGUUUAGGGCGCUGGGGCGCCGCGUGCGCCCCCAGGAGACCCCCACCAGCGAGAUACAGAUCACCUACGUCACCGAAGGGGAGAAGGUGCACAGCCAGAGCACCGAGGGCUGCACGUGGGAGAAGUGACGGCGGCUGCUCCCCAGGACCGACCCGUUUCCGGCACUUCCAACCCAUUUCUGGCAGUUUUCUGGCACAUUCGACCCAUUUCUGGCAUAUUUGACCCAUUUCUGGCACAUUUGACCCAUCUCUGGCAGUUUUCCGGGACAUUUGACCCAUUUCCGGCACAUUUGACCCAUCUCCGGCAGUUUUCCGGCACAUUCGACCCAUUUCUGGCACAUUCGACCCAUUUCCGGCGCAUUUGACCAAUUUCUGGCAGUUUUCCGGUGCAUUUGACCCAUUUCCGGCGCAUUUGAUCCAUUUCCGGCAGUUUUCUGGCACAUUUGACCCAUUUCCGGUGCAUUUGACCCAUUUCCGGCGCAUUUGAUCCAUUUCCGGCAGUUUUCCGGCACAUUCGACCCAUUUCCGGCGCAUUUGACCCAUUUCCAGCAGUUUUCCGGCACAUUCGACCCUUUUCCGGCACAUUCGACCCAUUUCCAGCGCAUUUGACCCAUUUCCAGCAGUUUUCCGGCACAUCCGACCCAUUUCCGGCACAUUCGACCCAUUUCCGGCACAUCCGACCCGUUUCCGGCGUAUUUCCUGCUGAUCCAACCCUUUUCCCCGUUUUCCUGCUGAUUCGACCCAUUUCCCGCACGGUUUUCCUGCAGCACUUCCCGCCCGAGCUCCGACCUUGUCUCCAGCGGUUUCCGGCAGAACAUCCCAUUUCCACCAUUUUUCCCCACGUGCCCGACCCAUUUCCCAGCAUUUUCCCCCGAGAAACGACCAAUUUCCAGCAUUUUCCCUCCAUUUUCCCAUGAAACAACCAGUUUCCACCAUUUUUCCUCCAUUUUCCAGCAAUUUUUUCCCUUGAAACAACCGAAUUCCAGCAUUUUUCCAGCAUUUUUUCCAUGAAUCAACCAAUUUCCACCAUUUUUCCUCCAUUUUUCCACUAUUUUUUCCAUGAAACAACUGAUUUCCACCAUUUUCCUCCAUUUUUCCACGAAACAACUGAUUUCCACCGUUUUUCCUCCAUUUUUCCAUGAAACACCCAUUUUCGAGUGUUUUUCCUCAAAUUUCCCAGCAUUUCUUCCUUGAAACACCCAAUUUCAACCAUUUUUCCAGCAUCUUUCCAUGAAACAACCGAUUUCCACCAUUUUUCCUCCAUGAUUCCAGCAUUUUUUCCUUGAAACACCCAAUUUCCACCAUUUUUCCUCCAUUUUUUCCAGUAUUUUUCCAUGAAACAACCAAUUUCCACCAUUUUUCCUCCAUUUUCCAGCACUUUUUCAUGAAACACCCAAUUUCCACCAUUUUUCCUCCAUUUUCCAGCAUUUUUUUCCAUCAAACACCCAAUUUUCAGCAUUUUUCCCAGGCUUUCCCACAGCCCGACCCAUUUCUGGCACGUUUCGCCCCAAAUCGCCCCGGUUUGGCCUUUCCUGGUCCCUCGUCCCCGACUCGGGGGGGUUUGGGGUGAAAAAAGCUGAUUAAAGGCACGAGGCUUC